AUGGAGGCGGAAAGUAGGAGCAGGACGGAGCUUGCGCUCCCCACUCCACAAGAGCCCACCAGUGCAUCUGAAAUUGAACUUGCAGAAAUAUCUCUCCAUGAAAGUGUCUUACUGGAAAAGCCUGCCCCAACCGCACCACGCCAAACAUGGCUGACUGUUUUGAAGAGAGAGCUGGAAUUCCUGGGGGUAACACAAAUUCUGAUUGGUUUGAUAUACCUUUAUUUUGGAAUAAUUGUGAGCUCCGAGAUCAAUGAUUCAGAGUUUAUGGAAUACUUCUUUUCAUCAUUUGAAGCUGGCUACCCAUUCUGGGGAGCCCUAUUUUUUGCUAUUUCUGGAAUUUUGUCAAUCGUGUCUGAAAAGAAACAGUCAGUAUAUCUGAUCCGAGGAUGCCAGGGAGCAAACGCCGUCAGCAGUGUCACCGCGGGAGCAGGCAUCGGCAUCCUCAUCAGUAACCUCGAGCAGAGCUCCACUUACCUCUACCGCUGCGAGGAGGUCUAUGUGAACGACUACUGCUCUCUGGCCUGCUUCUCCAUUGAAGUUGUGGCGAUAAUCCUGUUUCUCACCAUCCUGGGCUUUGGCAGCGCUGUGUCACACAUAGUUUAUGGAAUUGGUGAAAUAGUUGAAGGAAAUCAGAUUCCAGAAGAUCGUCUUUAUGAAGAGGUAAAUAUAUAUGCACCGAUUUAUAGUCAGUUGGAAGAAAGAGAGGAGACAGCUUCUCCUACUGAUUCGUAA